AUGAAUAAAAGCUCCAUAUAUUUUGGUGGUGUCCCUGAGCAUGUAAAACUGAAUAUACUCCAGCAGAGUGGCAUUGGAUGUGGUGAAUUUCCUUUCAAGUAUCUUGGUGUUCCUCUAUCCACCAAGAAACAGACUAUUAUGCAGUGGUCACCACUAGUGAAUAAAAUUACUGCUAGAAUCUCCUCCUGGACUGCUAAGAAACUUUCAUAUGCAGGAAGAAUGCAAUCUGUUCAAUCUGUACUAUUUGGUAUUCAAGCCUACUGGUCUCAGCUCUUCAUAAUCCCUGCAAAAGUUCUUAAGCUUAUUGAAUCAUAUUGUAGAAGUUUCACUUGGUCAGGAUCUAAUACUAUUAACAAGAGAGCAUUGAUAGCAUGGGAAAAAGGUUGUCUGCCUAAAUCAGUUGGAGGCAUGAACCUCAUUAACAUCAGACUGUGGAACCAAGCUGCUAUUGCCAAAAUCUAUUGGGAUCUUGCUUACAAAUCUGACAAGCUGUGGAUUAAAUGGAUCCACUCAUUUUACAUAAAGACUCAAUAUUUCUUCACUGCACCUAUUCCAAAGCAGGCUUCAUGGAUGGUCAAGAAGAUACUUAAUGUUAGACUGAUUUUAGAGCAAACACAAAAGCAAAAUGAUCAGGUAACCAUUGGCAGCCUUUACCUGAGUCUACUUGGAAACAGACCUAGACUACCCUGGAAAUGUCUGAUAUUUGCCAACUCUGCAAGACCAAAGACCUUGUUACAAUGUGGCUCCAGUUACAAAACAAGCUACCAACUAGUGAUCGAUUGGCUUCAUGGGGAUGAAUAUAAAUCAACAAUGCAAGUUGUGUCAAAAUGGGCUUGA